UCAAAAACGAGACUAUCACAUCUCACUACUUCCUCAUCCUAGUCAAUAUGUGCCGGGAGGGUGCUAAAUAGUUAAUAUUAAUGCCGUUCGUUUAACCCACUUGAGAAUGUCACCAUCCUCGGUGAGCCAGAGACACUCCGCCCUUUUUACAUCAUGAGUCCUCUGAUCUACAGACCUCGGAUGGAAUUAAUCUCUUGAUGGUAUGAAAUGACCCUUCAGAUGACCUUGUUUCUUUAUGAUGUUCAUCAGGCGAGCACGUCCCGCCCUGGCUUAGUUGUCAGGCCACGUAAUAAGCCAACACAGCUGCCGAAUCGAUACAGCGCAUUCAAUGAGUGGAUAAGUCGAUGUCGUCACUUGAGGAAGGCGCGUGUGAAUUUUUUUUUUUUUCGAGUCUUCGAGAAUGUUAUAUCCAGCCCUCACCCGUUGGUCAUGGUCUCCACUGCCAACCUACCAGGAAGACAGCCUUCGGACUUGAUAAGUAAGAUGGCCUAUUUGACACCUGAGUCACGGGAAGUGAGUUGAAAAGUAGAACUGAUCUUUAGUAUUUGGGAGUCUCGGGUUGAGUACACAUUAUGCUGGAAAAGCUCCUGAAAUUAGUGCGCGUCAUCAACAAUCCUGACAUUAUCCCCGGUGUGACAGCCCUGGAACGACACAAUUCCCGUCCUCCUUUCAGGGAUGGGGCGGCUGGAUAGAUCGAUCUUUUGGUUGUCAUCGACACAACGAGAUCCGUCCGCCUUGGGCAUCCGGCUUUCCAAGAUUGGCAGGUCAACUUUUACACCGCCAGGAAGCGCAUUAACAUAUUUCCUCAGAAACUCUUUUUGCAUCGCAUAAGCUGUGUUACCUCGUAUAGCGGCAUAAUAGUAGGUUCGCGCCCUGAAGCGUAGCACCACAAAUUCUCACUACAAACAGAAGUUUUGUCAUUCUCUCAGAGGGAAAUGACCAGGGUACGGUAUCAGAGCCUGUUGUUGGGUUUCAGAAAGGUUGGUCACAAGGCUAUGGGGAUGGUAUUAGAGCUUUAAGCCAUGUGCCGUACAACGGUUUCAGAAGUAACUCGUCACAAGGCUGAGAUCAAGAUGACUUCAAUCAGAUGCAAUCCUGUUGAUCUUGUCGUGUUAUUUUUGCACCAUGUGGUAACAUUCGACAAACUGGGCUAGAUCAAACGGUUGCCGACAAGGAUAACUAAUGACUCAGCACAUUGAUCGGAGAAAUUAGGGGCUAUCUCGCUAUGUUUCAGCCCACGAAAAGUGUCUUCCAAUUAAUUGACAGUUUACGAGUUUGCAAAAGCCUCUUGUUACAUCAGAUCAUCUGUCGAAAAGGGGGUCUCCAACGCGUAAUGACAUUUUGACUUUGACACAUUUCUUAGCACCAACAAACAGCAUUAAUAUGGCUGCUAAGCUGUUCUUGGUGUUUCUUCGAUUAGGCGUGUUCUUUGUGGCUCUCGGCCUCUAUCUUCGGCGCAUUAACCGUCUCUUGAAAGAGACGCCUCCUCAGGUUGGACAACUUAGAGGCAAGCCUUGGACGCCAGAACUACUGAGACAUACCUACGAAGUUCUUGAGAAGUCUCCAAUUAACUUUGAUGGGCGUUUACCUCCAAAGCUCAACAGACGAUACAUUGUCACCGGAGGCAACGGGCUCGUAGGCGGAUACAUAGUUCUCCAGUUGUUGGCUCGUGGGACACUGCCUAGGUGUAUUCGAAUUGUUGAUGUUCGACAGACUGAGCGAGAUGAUCUUCGGGAAGGUCUAGCUGCCCAAGUGGACUAUGUGCAGACAGACAUUACCUCCAAGGCUGCUGUUGGCGAUGCUUUCUCUAAGCCGUGGGAUCCGAAAAUAGCAUCUUUACCACUCACUGUCUUCCAUACAGCUGCUGUCAUCAUACCUGGAGCCAGGUCCAAGUAUCUCUACAAGUUUACUGAAUCUGUCAAUGUACAAGGAACCAAGAACGUCUUGGCUGCUUCUCGUGCAGUCGGCGCCGAUAUAUUCAGCUCAACAUCAUCAGCUUCAAUAUCCAUCCGACCUGUCGAAGCCUUUGUCGCACCAUGGGCAGAGCCGAAGCAAUAUUGGCAGGUCAUGGAUACACAGGACUUCGAUAAGCCAUUACGAGAACAUGAGGAAUACUUUGCCAACUACGCUGUUUCGAAGGCCAUCGCAGAACGCCUCGUAUGUGCUGAGAAUGAACCUUCUUUUCGUACAGGAUGUAUUCGACCUGGGAACGGUAUCUACGGACAUCCCUCCGAUAACCCCAUCGGAAAUCUUCUGGCUAGGGAUGUCAAUCAAACCUGGGUCCCGCACAUCGUACAGAAUUUCGUUCAUGGCGCUAACGUAGCUGUCGCGCAUUUAUAUCAUGAAGCUGCACUAGCGAAAGAAAAUUGCACCCAAGCUGGUAAGCCGUUCGUGGUCACAGAUGUUGGUCCACCAAUCACUUUCGGAGACGUUUAUACUGCCGUGGAAGUCUUAUCUAUUCACCCCUUUCGAAAUGUUAUCGUGCCGCCUUUGAUCAUCCUUUUGAUGACCCAUAUCGUCGAAUGGUUCAUCCUACUUCCUCAUCGCCUCCCAUUCCUCAAAGGAAUACUCCCAGAGGUCAAAGGUGAUCUCAGAACAGUUCAGCCCGGGCUCAUCACAAUAUGCACUCAUUUGGUAGCAUCUGAUACUGAGGCUAGGCAGCCUAUCUCUGAGGGCGGACUAGGGUACAAAGGACUUUUCACGACACUGGAAGGGGUUGUCUCGGUCAUCAUGGACUGGAACCGAGAACAUGCAGGCGAACAGACCAGAGAAGGAAAGAAGAUCUAUCAAGGUUCGUUGCGACUGGCCGAGAUGUUGGAAGAGGCUGGAUCGUCUGUUCCUCUCUAGGACGACUCCCUUCCGUGGAGAGUGAGUUGUCCCAGCAUGACCUCAGCUCAUUAAAUAAAUUUUCAAGCUCUGUAUAAAGCAAUAGUAUUAUCAAGAGGAAUCUCGCUCAGAUUAUAAAGGCUGUACAACGUGCAAUUGCUAUAUAUCGAAUCAUGAAAAUAGAAGUCGU